AUGCACUCCAGCACCCCCAUCAGCUCCCUCUUCUCCUUCACCAGCCCGGCAGUGAAGAGACUGCUAGGCUGGAAGCAAGGAGAUGAAGAGGAAAAGUGGGCAGAGAAGGCAGUAGACUCUUUAGUAAAGAAAUUAAAGAAGAAGAAAGGAGCCAUGGAUGAGCUGGAGAGGGCCCUCAGCUGCCCGGGGCAGCCCAGCAAAUGCGUUACAAUUCCCAGGUCCCUGGAUGGGCGGCUGCAGGUGUCCCACCGCAAGGGGUUGCCCCACGUCAUUUACUGCCGAGUGUGGCGCUGGCCUGAUCUCCAGUCUCACCACGAGUUGAAGCCGCUGGAAUGCUGUGAGUUCCCAUUUGGAUCCAAGCAGAAAGAGGUGUGCAUUAACCCCUACCACUAUCGCCGGGUGGAGACUCCAGUGCUGCCUCCGGUGCUCGUGCCAAGACAUAGUGAAUACAACCCCCAGCUCAGCCUCCUGGCCAAGUUCCGCAGUGCCUCCCUCCACAGCGAGCCUCUCAUGCCACACAAUGCCACCUAUCCCGACUCCUUCCAGCAGCCUCCGUGCCCUGCGUUCCCUCCCUCGCCUGGGCACGUGUUCUCACAGUCCCCGUGCACCGCCGGCUACCCUCACUCCCCAGGAAGCCCCUCCGAGCCAGAGAGCCCCUAUCAACACUCAGCUGACACACCACCCCCGCCUUAUCAUGCCACAGAAGCCCCAGGGACCCAGAAUGGCCGACCUGUAGAUGCCACAGCUGAUAGUCAUUUAGUGCUGUCAGUGCCUAAUGGAGACUUUCGACCAGUUUGCUACGAGGAACCACAGCACUGGUGCUCUGUUGCGUACUAUGAACUGAACAACCGAGUUGGGGAGACGUUCCAGGCCUCCUCCCGAAGCGUGCUUAUAGAUGGAUUCACAGACCCUUCAAAUAACAGGAACAGAUUCUGUCUUGGACUUCUUUCUAACGUAAACAGAAACUCAACAAUAGAAAACACCAGGAGACACAUAGGAAAGGGCGUGCAUUUAUACUAUGUUGGGGGAGAGGUGUAUGCCGAGUGUGUGAGUGACAGCAGCAUCUUCGUGCAGAGCCGGAACUGCAACUAUCAGCAUGGCUUCCACCCGGCCACCGUCUGCAAGAUCCCCAGUGGCUGCAGUCUCAAGAUCUUCAACAACCAGCUCUUUGCUCAGCUGCUGGCUCAGUCAGUUCACCACGGAUUUGAAGUCGUCUAUGAGUUAACCAAGAUGUGCACUAUCCGGAUGAGCUUUGUUAAGGGCUGGGGAGCUGAGUAUCAUCGCCAAGAUGUCACGAGCACCCCCUGCUGGAUUGAGAUUCAUCUUCAUGGACCACUGCAGUGGUUGGACAAAGUUCUGACUCAGAUGGGCUCUCCACAUAACCCCAUCUCUUCGGUGUCUUAA